GACAGUAGGCCUGCUGUUAGCUGACACCACUCCUACAGGAGAUACAUCAACAAAGAUGUACAUUUAACUGCAGAAAAUCACAGGAAACGCCUGCAUUUAUAAGGAUGACACAUUUUCUUGGCAGCAGUGAGAAGGAAAAGAGCAGCAGCCUUUCAUAUGUUUGGAACUUCAGCUUUGGAAACAGACUUGGCAAUUUUCCUCGCAUCUUUCCUAACUUGGCCGUAUCCUGGCUACUACUGUGGCUUGCUGACUGUCAAAGAAAACAAGUCUUUCUUGGAAACAAAAGAAGCACUUGAAACGUCCACAUCCCUCAGUCCUCGGCAUUCCUGAGCAGAGCAGAAGGAUCCUUGUCCUCCCAAUAACAACAUCAGAGAAGGCGCCACAGCAUCAUAAGAACACAACUUUGCCUCCAAGAUGCUGAACCUCAACUCAUCGGACGAUAACAGCAACAGGAACUCUUUCCAGGACCCGGUAUCACUGAACGUCGGUGGAGAAAUUUACACCACAACACUGGACACUCUGACACGCUGCCGUGACUCGAUGCUGGGCGCCAUGUUCACCGGACAGAUCCCCGUGCUUAGAGAUGACAGAGGAAAUGUUUUUAUAGACCGUGAUGGUAAAGUGUUCAGGUACAUCCUGAACUACCUGCGCUCCAGCUCCCUGGACCUGCCGGCUGGCUUUUCAGAGCUGUCGCUGCUGCGGAGAGAGGUCGAUUUCUUCCAGAUACGCCCCCUGCUGGAGGAGAUUUGCCACUUUGAGGCAACAAUGCCUCUCAGCCUUAAAGGCGGUCCGCUAGGAGCAAUGAUUAUAGUGAAUGUUGAUUCCAAGGUCCGCGUUCUCCACUUUAACUUACGCCACGGGCCUGAAAACUAUGAGCUUCGCACAUGCUCUGUGCGAGCCUUCACAGUUGACAUCUUUUGCACCUGGAAAGCCUUCCUGGCCCUUCUUUGUGAGCGCUUCUUCUUCAGAACAUCCAAGGGUCUCAAAAGCCCCAAUCCGUGCAAUCUGAGGCAGAACAGGCUGAAACUGGAGUGGGUACCGAGACCUGACGAACUCCCGCAGGACCAGUACGACAAGCACUGCUACCAAGGGCUAACUGUCUCUAACCCUGAGGUCACGCAGUUAGAUGACAUCACGAACAGGCACAGGAACCUGUGUGAUGUCACGGACAUGCAGGGGUUUGUAGAGGAGCUCCUGAAGGUGUCUUUGGCUGAAGGGUUCAAGGUUGAUCUGGUGACUCCCGACCCAGCGGAAAUUCUAAACUGCACCUCACUUCGGCUUGUCAAGUGCUGAUCUCCUGGACAAGAACAUACACUAAAAGCACCAGAACAAACCAGUUAUAUCAACUUUGGUCUGUUCUCUCUAGACUCACAACUAACCAGUUAGUUAAAGUUGGAAUAAAUGUUUUAAUCUGGAAAUCCUUAGGAUACAGAUUAUGAAGAGUUCAUUGAUAUUUUUUCUGUUCUUCUGUCAUAGAGUUUACAAAAAUAGUAAAUUAUAAGCUAUAUUUAAUAUUAAAAUGUAGACACUUCAUAUUUUAGACAUUUAGAUAAAACAUUUAGACAUAACAGACCUUUUCAGAUGAGGAAUUUAAAACAUUGCUGGCUUCAUCUCUCUCUUAAAGUGAUUGCAUUUGCGCUUUCAGGUAUCUAUUAUGGAAAACAGUGACAGCACUACUGAAGCUGUGAUUUCAUUAAGGAACCAUAAUGUUCUGAUCUAUGUAGAAUUCUGUUCCCUGAGAGUUAAUUAAUAGCUAAUUUUGUGGAAAUAUGCUUAUUCUCAUGUCUGUCCCCUGUGCACUUUUCCUGUAAAAAGAAAGUUAUGAUCAGUUUUAGUGUUUGUCAACUAAAUGUAUUGCGUGUUACCUUGAGGCCUAACAAACAUGUUGUGUGCAUUUCCUAUCUUAAAACAUUUUAAAGCAGAUAUGACGUCACAUGCUGGAACUAUUUGUCUACGAACACGAUGACUUGCAGAACAUUCGUCGUCACCAAGGAAGCAAAUAAGCGUUCCAAAAUUUGUAGCUAUUCCUUUAAACUCUGUUUAUAGUUGAAAGGGAAUGACCUCGUCUUAUUAUUACGAUAAGACUAAAGACAAGCAGCAAAGGCUGACCAAUCACAGUUCUUGUAGUCCAGCUGACGGCCACAGGUCAGCCCUACACACAGGUGUGUAUGUGACUGACUGAUUGACUGUUUAUUGAUUAGUCAAGGCUCCCGGUCUGUCUGUAAGCUCCCCUCACUCACUGCUGUGGCAGAGUUGACCUGCCUUCACUAGGCUUACUGACAGCAGAAAUGUACUGAAAUGUCCGGAUUUUCUGAUUUUUUUUAAUGUCGACUGCAUGGUAAGAAAUAUGUCUCAUGCCCUCAGCGUGGAUUGACAAUUAAUCCUAUUAGAUCCAUGACAUGUGCCAGUGACAGAAGUGGGGUGUAUUAUAUUAUUAAAAUGUAUUAUUACUUGUUUGUAUUACUGGGACAAAAGCAUACUAACUACUAAUAUCCAAGACAUUCACAUCAUAUACACUACCAUUAACCAUUUCUGUCACACAUUGCCCACAAAAUCACAUUGACUAGUCCUGUUGAGCUGGUGUAGUAGUAGUAGAUGUAGUGGCCACAUGCAUAGGCUCAGUAGCCAUGCUGUAACCCUCUUCACACCAAAUUCAGCCUUAGACGUGUAACAUAAAACAUAUUGGUAAAAGUUCAAGUUUGUCUUUCAUUUUUUGCUAACAUAGUUUGAUUUUGAAUGAAGAGUUUUCUUUAAAAGGAAAAUAUGAAUGAAAAAGGUUAAGAUUAUUCAGACUUGGCUAGUGAUAGAUGUUUUUUUGUUGUUUUUUUCUCUUUUGCCAGCAAAUAAAGAAAACCUGCAUCUAGUGUACACAUUAACUAAAUUGACUAUUUCCUCGUUGGGUGGUUAUUUUUGAAUGACUUCAAACGGGGGGAGGGGGAGACAGAUGAGUUUUGUCUGGUGCGUCUCGGCUGAAGAGGAAAAGGUGUCUAGUUGUAAAAACAAACCCGGUGGUUCUUUCCUCUUGCUCCCUCUUUGAACUUCCUUCCUCGGACUGUGAGAGAUGUGAGGAGCGUGACUGGCUCUGCAGCCCUUCUGGAUGGACAGUCUGGCUUUAGAAUGGUUAUUCACACUCUGCACAAGGGACACAUUAAUGCUCACAUAUAGCUAUAUUUCUUAGCUCUAAAAUUUAGGGAUUUGUUUCAGGAUACUGUUGUUUGAUGUUCUCAUUGUGUGUUUGCAUGUUUGUUUGACAGGAGCGCUACAGUGGAACUCCGACUUUCUAUGUCACAACUCCUUCAGAGGGCGCUCGGGCUCUCACGCUGCCCUGACCUUGUCAACACAUCUCGCUAUAUGACACAUUCAUUCCUCUUUAUAGGGUUUUCUUUUUCUUUUCAAUUUCCACAAUUUAAUUAAAAAAUGAUAUGCUGUUAUGCACACAGUUGCUGAUUGAAAAACAUUCUAUUAAUAUGGGAAAUGUGCCUUCACAGAUUUUUUGUUACAAUGCUUUUUCAUCUCCUAGAUAAUUUGUAGCAACUGUUUUUAGCAUUAUGACUUACAUGUACUGGGAAAAUACAGACUUCAAUGGAAUAUA